CACGAUAGGUCGCCCAGACGCAAACCGACGCGAUCUAAUGCAAUUUUCAAACCCGCGCUUCUCCCACUUCUCUUGUUGCCUGAAGCAUACUCAUUCAUUACUGCUGACGAAAGGAUAAUUACAAUUCUUACCACUCUGACAAGCGUUCAAAGACUCUCGCGACGACUUCUGACUCUCUGACGACGAUGGGCACGAGUUGAUACGCAUUGUUGGACGCGGGCGCUGGAAUAAACGACGGCUCUGUCUCCUCCUGCCGAAGUGGGGGCAGCUGACCUGGGAGAAUGCAGCAAAGCACCCCGGAACCAGCCCUGCUCGCUGCUAUUCAGGAGAGCCUUGCACUCUUUCAGUACGAGAAUGCGAGGUUCCUUGGAGAGCGGCUGGUAGCGCUGACCAACAGCGAGGAGAACCAGCAGUUACUGGCAACAUGCUACAUGCACUGCAAUCAGGCCUACAGGGCCUACCAUUUGCUCAAGGGCCAUAACUCGCGGCGCUCGCGCUACCUGCUGGCUGUGUGCUGCCUGGGCAUGGGGCGCUACCCGGAGGCAAAGGAUGCACUGCUGCGGAUGGGCGAGGCGGAGAUCCCGUACGGCCCCGCUGGUCUGUACCUGAUGGGCCGCUGCUGCCGCCUGACGCACUGCAUGGCGGAGGCCAAGGACUUCUACCUGCGGGCACUGCGCGGCAACCCGCUGCUGUGGAGCGCCUACGAGGAGCUGUGCGCAGUGGGCGGUGACGAGGAGGCGGCGGAGGUGUGCAGCCUGGCGCAGCUGCCGCCGCGGGCCGGCGCCGGCGCCGACGGCCCCAGCCCCUCCAGCAGCAGCCAGGUCAGCAGCGCGCUGGCGGCACAGCACACGCCGCAGCACCAUGGCGCAGCAGCAGCGGCGGCAGCGGCGGCAGCACAGCACGGAAAGCACGGCGGCCACGGCCAUGGCCACGGCCGGCAAGCCGGUGGGGGUGGCGGCGGCGGUGGCGGCGGCCGCCAUGGGCACGGGCAGGGCGGCCGCGGCGGGAGGGCUGGCGAGCAUGCCGGGGCAGGGGCAGCGGCGGCGGCGGGCGUGCUGCCGGGGACGGCGACUCGGACUCCUGCCCAGCAACACCAGCCGGCAGGGCCGCCGGGUACCAGUGCCCCCGGCGCCCCCGGCGGCCUGUGGGGUGGCGGCGCCGCCGCCGCCGCCGCUGCUGCUCCUGGCGGCGCGCCGGCGUCGACAGGCGGCUUUGGCAUCACGGGCUUCGGCGCCGCCGCCAGCGGUGGCGGUGGCGGCGGCAUGGGCGGAGUGCCGCCCUCGGCGAUGUCCACACUGCCCACCUUCGGCUUUGGCGCCGGAGCGGCCGUCGCUGCUGGCAUGGGCGGUGGUGGCGCGGGCGGCGGCGGCGGGGCAGGAGCGGGCGUGGGGAUAGGAGCCGGCGGAGGUAGUAUCCUGUUCCAGACGCCCAUGCAGACGCCGGGCGUUGCCGGUAUGGGCGUGGGUGGCGGCGGCGGCCUGUUUGGCGGGUCGCCGCUUCCCGUGACGUUUGGGCCCGGCGCGGGUGCGGGCAGCGGCGGCGGCGCGGGCACAGGGCCGGGCCUGGGGUGGGGCUUUGGCUUCGGCAUCCUGCCAACCGGCAACGCCCCGCCCAGUGUGCUACCUACCGUCCCUUUGCAUGGUGGCGGUGGCUGCGGCGGGCUAGAUACGGGUGCCAUGCCCGCGGCGAGCGGCGACGGCGGCGGCGGGCCUCCUAGCACAGCAACGCAGCUGUUUCGGUUCGCUGGGGGCGGCGGGGGCGGCGGCGGGGGCAUCUUUGCUACGCCGGCGCCGGCGGGAGGCGGCGCCGCGCCGCCGGCUCCGCCGCAGAAGCAUGCGCCAGCCGGGUACGGCGCAUCUGAAGUUCCGUUCCCGGGCUUCGCCUCGGGGCCACAUGGCGCUGGCAAUGGCGGCGGCGGCGGCGGCGGCGGCGGGCCGCACGGCAGCGCUCAGGGCGGCGGCGGCAGCGGCGCAGGUGGCGGCGGCGGCGGGCAGCGCAUAAACCGCAUGGCAGAUGAGGGCCGGGUGCGCAAGGUGUCCAACCGCCUGUUCUCGGACCCCAGGUCGGCGGUGCGGCGCAGCGAGCGACUGGCCAUGCUCAACAGCGCGGGCGGCGGCGGCGGCGGAUCAGGAGGCGGCGGCGGAGGCGGCAGCGGAGGCGGCGCGCGCGGGCAGGGCUCUGGCGGCGCAACGCCGGGCAGUGUCGCACCAGGCGGCGGCCACCCGCACCAACACCCGUACCACCACCAGCACCACCACCCGCACCAUCACCACCACCAGCAGCAGCAGGCGGCAGCGGGGCAUUACGCCGCGCCUGGAGCAGGGGCCGGAGCAGGCGGCGGCGGUGGUGGUGGUGCUCACGGCGGGCCGGCUGCGAGCGCCAGUGUGUUGGGUCAGGCCAGGUCAGGGCAGGCGAGCUAUGUGGAGGGCGACAGUCAGAACAUGCCAGACCCUCGCGACCCGCCGCCAGCGCCUGUGCAGCAGCAGCUGCACCCAGACGCCAAGCUGGGGACGGCGGCGGCGGCGGGCGGUGGCGGCGCGUCGGCCGCCACGCCGCAGCAGCUGUUCGCGGCGUUUGGCGGGCGGCUGGGGCCGGGGCCGGCGCCAGAAACCGCCGCCCAGCCUCAGCAUCCGCUGCACCUGCAGCUGCAGCAGCAGCAAGGCUACGCCACCGCGCACGCCGCCGCCGCCGCGCGCGCAGCCGAGGCGGCGCUGGGCGAGAGCCGCUGCGCGCUGCUGGCGCUGCUACUGCCGCUGAUGGAGGGGCAGCGGCACCUGGCGGCAUACAGGUGCACUGAGGCUCUGGCCUGCUUGUCGCGCCUGCCGCUGUCGCAGUACCGCACGGGCUGGGUGCUGUGUGCGGCGGGGCGGGCGCACUUUGAGGCCAUGGCCUACUCCAAGGCGGCGCAUGCGCCUGCCACGUGGGUGGUGAUGGGUAACUUGUUCAGCGGCCAGAAGGAGCACGAGGCAGCCAUCGAGUUUUUCCUGAGGGCGGCGCAGGUGGACCCCACCUUCACCUACGCCUACACGCUGGCUGGGCACGAGCACUUUGCCAAUGAGGAGUACGACAAGGCAGCCGCCUGCUACCGCUCCGCGCUCAAACUGGACCCGCGCCACUACAACGCAACGUACGGGCUGGGUCAGAUCUGCUACCGCCAGGAGAAGUACGGCGAGGCGCUGCAGCACUUCCGGCUGGCGGCGGCGGUGAACCCGCGCAGCAGCGUGCUGAGGUGUUACUGCGGCAUGAGCGCGGCAAAGAUGGGGCAGAGCGGCGCGGCGCUGGAGAAGCUGCAGGAGGCCAUUGAGCUCGACCCCGCCAACCCGCUGGCGCGCUACGAGAAGGCCUCACUGCUCAUGGCGCUGGACAGGCCGCAGGAGGCGCUGUGUGAGCUGGAGGCCCUGCAGCGGGUGGCCCCCGGCGAGUCCUCUGUGGCCUUCCAGAUGGGGCGGCUGCACAAGCGCCUCAACAACCUCACGGCGGCGCAGCAGUCGUUUGAGCUGGCGCUGUCCCACCCGGGCAUCUCCUCCUCGGACGCCGCCGCCAUCAAGUCCGCCAUCGAGCGGCUGGGCCUCAGCGAGGACGAGGACGAACAAGAGCUGUGAGGGGGGCAGGGGGGGAGUUAUGUGCCCGAGCCCAAUAAGUCCCAAGAGUCAAGGAAGGGGAAGAGGGGGGAGGGGCUGGGAGGAGAGGGAGGGGGCACUGGGGAGGGGGCCAGUUGGGGAAGGCGGCUGAAGGAAGGCGGGGGUCUAGAAGUGCCGUGCCUUGCUGUGGCAGGGGCGCCAGGUAGGCAGUGCUGGGCUAGACGGACGUAUUGAAUCCUCAGGGCGGCAUGGUCAGACAGGAUUGUGGAGGGGCGUGGACGUACACACACAGACACAGACGCAAGGGAGUCGACAGUAAGUUCAUAACAAAGUCUUGGGGGUGGGAGACAUGUUGCAGAAGCAUGCAAAGGACGGCAGGCAUGCGGCAAGGCCGAAUGGGACAGGCGCAGUGCAGAACGUGAGGUGUGUGCUAGACAGGAAAGACGGUUAAGAGGAUUGGGCUAGGCAAUGCGUGCAUACUACAAAAGGGUAUCGGCUGUCGGAUUGUGAAGGGAGGGGUAGUUCAUUCCAGAACCCAAAACGAGCCGGGAGCUGGCUGGCGACUUGGCGAAGAGACAGACAGGCACAGUCACGAAGGUGUGAGGGCAGCUGCUUUGGGCCGUGCUGCAGGUGGCGCGGCUGCAGUGCUGUGCAGCAGUAGCUCAGGCCAAGGUCCAUGCAGAGCCCGCGUUGCCAAGGGCUGUUUGGGACGCACUUGGGAGGCGCCACAACUGCGCGCAUGGCGCAAUGACAGGACUGCACCGUUGACUGCAUGUCAUCCUUGGACAGCUUGCAAAAUGCACGCGCCUGUAACAUCAAAACCGU